AUGACUGUAGGCAGUGCGCUACUACGCAAUGUUUCCCGCCGUACGUUAGUGACGCCUUCGACUGUGCGUGCGCGCUUUCACAGCUGUGCGCGUGUCAACAAGGUCGUGUCCACGCAGCCACUGCGCGCCAAACAAGCCCAGUCAAGCGGCGGUGUGCCGGAUCUCUCGCUUGGCUACCCCGUGAUUGAGCACGAGUACGAUGCGAUUGUGGUGGGUGCUGGCGGCGCGGGUCUCCGUGCCGCGUUCGGUCUUGCCGAGGGUGGUCUUAACACCGCCUGUAUUUCGAAACUCUUUCCCACGCGGUCGCACACUGUCGCUGCCCAGGGUGGUAUUAAUGCCGCACUUGGGAAUAUGACAGUGGACGACUGGCGCUGGCACAUGUAUGACACGGUCAAGGGCUCGGACUGGCUCGGUGACCAGGAUGCUAUUCACUACAUGUGCCGCGAAGCGCCGCACACUGUGCUCGAGUUGGAGCACUACGGCCUUCCCUUCUCGCGCACGCCCGAAGGCAAGAUCUACCAACGUGCUUUUGGUGGCCAGUCGCUAGACUACGGUAAGGGUGGUCAGGCGUACCGCUGCGCCGCCGCUGCAGACCGUACGGGCCACGCAAUGCUUCACACUCUUUACGGCCAGUCGCUUCGUCACAACACGAGCUACUUUAUCGAGUUCUUUGCGCUCGAUUUAAUUAUGGAGGACGGCGAGUGUGUCGGUGUCAUGGCACUCAGCCUCGAGGACGGUACGAUCCACCGUUUCCGUGCACACCAAACCGUGCUUGCUACGGGCGGGUACGGCAAAUGCUACUUUAGUGCUACGAGCGCCCACACUUGCACGGGUGAUGGUCUUGCGAUGGUCACGCGUGCUGGCCUCCCUCUGCAGGACCUUGAGUUUGUCCAAUUUCACCCCACCGGCAUCUACGGCGCUGGCUGUCUCAUAACCGAAGGUUCGCGUGGUGAGGGUGGCUACCUUUUGAACUCCGAGGGUGAGCGUUUCAUGGAGCGUUACGCCCCCACUGCCAAGGAUUUGGCUUCGCGUGACGUUGUCUCGCGCUCCAUGACCAUGGAGAUUCGCGACGGGCGUGGUGUGGGCCCCGAGCACGAUCAUAUCUACCUGCAGCUCUCGCAUCUUCCCGCUGCCGUGCUCCAGGAGCGUCUUCCAGGUAUCUCGGAGACUGCCAGCAUUUUCGCCGGCGUGGAUGUGACAAAAGAACCGAUUCCCGUACUCCCGACUGUACAUUACACCAUGGGUGGCAUUCCCACUCGCUACACGGGUGAGGUGGUUACGAUCGAUGAAAACGGCAACGACAAGGUCGUGCCUGGUCUUUAUGCCGCGGGCGAGACUGCGUGUGUCUCGGUGCACGGUGCGAACCGUCUCGGUGCCAACUCGCUCCUGGACAUUGUGGUGUUUGGCCGCGCGUGUGCAAACCAUAUCUGUGAGAACACGGUGCCUGGCAAGCCGCACAAGAAGCUCCAAGGCGACGGCGGACAGCAGGCGAUCAACGACCUGGACGCUGUGCGCACUGCCGACGGGCCACGAUCUACUGCCGCCAUUCGUCUCGACAUGCAGCGUGUGAUGCAGUCGGAUGCUGCCGUAUUCCGCACGCAAGAAACGCUUGAAGAGGGCUGCAAGAAGAUUGACAAGGUUGUCUCACAGUUCCCCAACGUCUCUGUGCGCGACCGCGGCAUGAUCUGGAACACGGACUUGACCGAGACGCUCGAACUGCGUAACUUGCUCAGCAGUGCGUCCCAAACUCUCCACUCUGCCGAGGCCCGCAAAGAGUCGCGCGGCGCGCACGCUCGUGAAGACUUUACGGAGCGCGAUGACAAGGACUGGAUGAAGCACACCCUCUCUUGGUUUGAUGAAAACUCGGGCGAGGUCAAGCUCAAGUACCGCGCCGUAAUUAUGAAGACGCUCGAUGAGAAUGAGUGCAAAACGGUGCCGCCAUUCAAGCGCAGCUAUUAA